GCGCUGCCGGCGGGUCCGGGGAUGCUUCCCGGCGGGGAUGCGGCUCCCGGGGGGCCGCGCCGGUCGCUCGGGCGCUUGGAGCCCGCGGCUCCCCCGCGCCGGGGCCGGGGCCGGGCGGUGACCCCGCGGCCCCGAGGAUGCCCCCGGCGGGGCCCUGCCGGCGCCUGGCGCCCCUCACCCGGGACACCGGGCGGUUCCUGCUGCUCGCCGCCCUCAUCGCCGCCUAUCUGGGCGCUGGGGCCACCGUCUUUUCGGCGCUGGAGAGCCCUUCCGAGGCGGCGGCGCGGCUCCGCUGGAACCGGACCCUGCACAACUUCAGCCGCAUCUUUAACAUCAGCCUGCCCGAGCUGCGCGCCUUCCUGCGGAGCUACGAGGCGGCCAUGGCCGCGGGCAUCCGCGUCGACGCCCUGCGGCCCCGGUGGGACUUCCCCGGCGCCUUCUACUUCGUGGGCACCGUGGUGUCCACCAUCGGUUUCGGGAUGACCACACCAGCAACUGUGGCUGGAAAAGUGUUCCUCAUCAUAUAUGGCCUUUUUGGGUGUGCUGGGACAAUCCUUUUCUUCAACCUCUUCUUGGAGCGCAUUAUCUCUCUCCUAGCGUUCAUCAUGAAGGCGUGCCAUGAGAGACAGCUGCGAAGAAGUGGUCUCCUACCUCCCAAUUUCCGAAGGGGGCCAGCUAUGUCGGGAGUGGGCAGCCUCGUGGGGUGGAAGCCGUCUGUUUACCAUGUGAUGCUGAUCCUGGGAAUUUUUGCUAUUACUCUUUCCUGCUGCGCCUCUGCCAUGUACACAGCGGUGGAAGGAUGGAACUAUAUUGACUCUUUGUACUAUUGCUUCGUCACCUUCAGCACUAUUGGCUUUGGAGAUUUGGUAAGCAGCCAGAACGCUGUGUACCAAAAUCAGGGAUUAUACAGAUUUGGAAACUUCAUAUUUAUAUUAAUGGGGGUAUGUUGCAUAUACUCUCUUUUUAAUGUCAUCUCAAUUGUAAUCAAGCAAGUCUUGAACUGGAUGUUGAAAAAAUUUGAAUGCAGAUGUUGCCCAAAGUGCCAUAAAUCAAGUGCCCGCCUUGGACGUCGCAACGCCAUCACCCCUGGAGCCCGCCUACGUCGACAUAACAUCUCAAUGGACACUGAUGGACAGUAUGACAGCGACACUGAGGGGAGGAGGCUCUCUGGAGAGAUGAUCUCCAUGAGGGAGCUCACAGCAUCGAAUAAAGUCUCCCUGGCCAUUUUGCAAAAGCAGUUAUCUGAGACAGCCAAUGGCUACCCAAGGAACGUUUGUAUCAAUACGAGACAGAAUGGUUUCUCUGCUGGGGUGGGUGCUCUAGCCAUCAUGAACAACCGCUUGGCAGAAACAAGUGAUUCUAGGUAGUGUUUUUGAAAUUCCUUUUAUUUCUUUAAUAAAAAUAAAAUGGUGAUUAGGGUGGAAUGACCCCUGUAAACUACUGGAAAGUUUUAAAUUCAGGGAUAGCCCUGAUAUUCAUUGGGUGUGUUCAGCAUUUUAAUUUCUGAGGGUUUUGUAAGUCUUCUCUAAUAUGAAUUAACAUCUUUACCAUAAUGUUAUAGUUUUCCCGAAAGGGUUUUUUUGAACAGACUUGGAUGUCUUUGAUGCAGAAUGUGAUGCAGUUGUAGGUAAAUGGUGUACAUGGUUAUGAAGGUGUCAAAACAAACAUGAUGUUCUUCAGAACAUAGCCUGAGCCUCAGCUCUGCAUUAAAAUGUAUAAAAUGGGCAAGUUCGGCUCCAGAUUCAAAUUUGGGGUUGGUAAGAUUUGGCUAAACUAGUAUCUCACUAUUUACUUGGGAUUGAUAAGGUUUGGCUAAAUAGUGUCUCAUGGUUUGUUGAAGUCUGGAUCUGGCCCUGAACUUUGUACUUGACACUCUUCAGCAGUUCUUCAUAGCAGACCUGUAUGUAACAUCCACAUAGAUGAUACAGUUCCACCAGCUCUGAGCUGACUGUGCUUCACUUGAAUAAUCCUAUUGACUUCAGUGGUAGAGGGUUGAAUGAGAUGAAUUUCUCUGACAAUAAAAGUCAGAUUUUAGCCAGUCUGGUCAGAAACACGACCUGCUACCUAACUCUUUGAAGUGUGGUGAUUAUCAAGAACUGUGUUAAAAUGUGCAAAACUAUUCCUACCUGCUGAAUUACUGAAAACAGGUGAUUGUCAACCUCACUACUGACUUCAUUUAAUGCAAGAGAAGCCAGUACUCACCUCUAGUGCCAAAUGCUUGCAUCACCACAGAUGAUGUUUUAUUUCAUUACUUUUCCACGAAAAUAAGUAGCUAAAAUAAUUCCAGGCUCCCUGUUGUCCUAAAUUUGCAUAUUUUACUUCUGCAAUAUUGUUGUGGAGAUUCAUGCAAAUUAUUUCUUUGGGAGUCCUGUACUUUCUUCCCACAAAUCUCAUUGUGAAGGUGACAAAGAAGAGUGUUGCUUUGGAGCUUCCCUCAAAGCUGGCUUCCCCAAAAACAUUGGUACCAAGUCAUAAAUUGGCCCAAGGCUGUUGCGACUACCUUAAGUCAUACUGAACCUGUGCUAGCCCAAACCAUUAAAGGACCAGAAGCACCUUCAGGCAAGCCUGGUCUCAGUGUCUAGUUUAGCACGAGAAGUGGGUGGAAAGGAAUCACUGCAAAUCUCUUCCAGAAACUUAUGCAAAGCUCUGGGUCAUUUCUCUAGAUUCUCUAUACUAUGGCACUCCUUUAAUGCUGUGAAGGUUAUAAAAUGGCUUCUGCUGAUUCCAGCAAGAAACAGAACUUAAGCUUGAAGUCCGAGAAGCCACAAUAGUCAACUCUUGAAAACAACUUGGGUAAUUAUAGGCAAGGUGAUGAGUACUAGGUUGAUUGCUGAGUAAUUUGGAAAAGCUGAUAAUAACAAACUAGGAAUAUUAAAGAUGUUUGGAUAGAUUUUCCUAUAGAUAUUUUACUCUGUUGUUUGCUUAGUCGACUUUGUUUUGCAUGGGUUUUUGGUAUCCAUGGGUUUGGGGUAUCCAUCAGUUUGUUUUCCUUUAAAUUUGUGGUAGUGCAAAACGUUUCGGUAUUUAACCUCAGAAAACUAACUUUGAAUCUGAGGUUUUGCACACCUGAGCCUGCCGCAAAUGGAUCUGUAUCGUACUAUAGACAGUCAUGGCUUUAUUAGGGAUGCGUUUGGCUGGAAACACUAAGUGAAAUUGUAUUCUGUAUCUAGCUGGUAGGGACUCAUACUUAAGAGUAUGGCAGAGACUGCAUUCAAGAGGCAUCUGCCUGGCAGGAGCUCCCUUGGUGGCAGAGAGACCCGUUAAGGUUCAUAUGUCUGUCUGUGCACUCCAUCUCAGAUACUAUGAGUGGCCAGUUGAAAAAGCAGGCAGAGGUCACAGUGUUUGGUGAUGCUAAGUUGAAGCCCACUGAAGGAUGAAUUUAAGCAGGACAUGUAGGGGCAGGUCAUGGUCUGGGAAAGGCUCAAAGGCCAAUGGCAAAGAUCCAGCUCAGGAAGGCACCUUACAGAGCUGCAGGGACCAUUAUAGAAACAGCAGAGACAGGGAGCUAAAACAACAGUUAAUUCUUUUCCAUUGGGAUUAUUCCCCCCCUUCCCCCUUUCUUGGCGUAAGUCUCUACCUAUGAUGAUUUAUGUAUUUCUUUAUUAAGAGUGUAUGAGAUGCUGCUCUCUCUUUACAGCGAGAUAUCUCUUAGGGCUGUAUCUUAGUACAUUUGCCAUCACAAAGACCAUUACUCAUUGGAACGGAGCCUUCUGUGUGGAGUGCAGCACAAAUCGAGGCAGAUGGGUUCUGUCCCAAAGAUCUUAUGAAUUUGAGUAGGUAGGAGCCCAAGCCACAGCAGAAUUCCUUAGGUUUAUCAUUUUACUCAUAAAAAUAUGUCCAAACGCAUUAACAUUCUUUGAGCGCAAGAACUAUAUAUUUGUGAUAACGUAUUUGCAAAUUAAGGGUGUUUAUUUUUCAAGUAAGUUAUUUUUAAAGGAUAAAUACUCUAACUAUGAUUAGGCUCCUCUUUAGAUGUUUGUAAAUUGUUUUCAAACUACCUUUUCCUGCCUGGGAAAUACAAUGAAGUUGUAUGAAAGUGUACAGACUGCCUUUCUGAGACCACUCAAAGGCAGACACACGGUCUGUUGUAAUAUAAUUUAAGUGUUCCUGAAUCUUUUUUUGGUACCUUUGGUGCCAUUGCAGGACCCUCUGCAGUUCCUGCUGACUUUAGCAGGAGUUGGACUGACUUCCAGAGCUGGGUUCCCCGAGAGAUCUGGACAUCUGAUUGCUACUGUAUGCUCUGAGGUCGAAUGUUUCUUUACUCCCAAGAGCCUUGAUAAACUCCAUUCUGCUUGUCCUUACCCGCAGAGGCGUAGGAAGUUCAUGCCUGGUUUUCUACCCUCAGAAGCUGAUAGAACUCAACCACAGGGACCUCCAGCUGUACCUAACCCCUUAAAAAUCCCCACCCCACCUGGCUCAGCAAGGCCAGUUUAUGAGACAGUUCAGCACAUGGUUGCUGAGCUGCAUCUCAUAAGAAGUGGCCUUACAGUUCCCUUCUACUCAGCAGCUGCAGUAUUUUUUAAGGAUGCAUGAACACCAUACAAUAAAUCUCUACUUUUCUGCCUGCCAGCAGUACCUGGGCACCCAUCACCUGUGUGUACAAGUACAUGAGCCAGGAGGACAUGGGAGAUUCUUUCCUAGUUCUUCCUGCUCUUUCUUUAGCGUUUUUUAUGAUAACUUCUCUUUAACCUUGCUAGACGUGGACAUCUAACUCCUCUCAGAUACUGUGCAUGGUCCAGCUCAGGAUUCCCCAGGGCAGCCUGCUCCUUUUGUGCAUUAAACCCUAGACACGAACUAGCUGCAUCAAGUGCAAUUCCUCCUGGUAUUUCAUUUCCACAGACAACUCGGAUACCUGCCAUACCCGGACACAGGUUGAAGCACAAGAAAUGAGAAGGAGACUGAAGGAGCAGAGUGGGACAGUGAAAGCACACUGCACUAGGUUGCAAUUCCUUUUCAGGUAACUUGGGAGUAGCGUUACAUACUUGCAAUGGGCUUUUUUUCCCAGGUUUUAUUUUUGGACAGCAUUGUAAGAAAGCAAUUAACUUAGGAUUUAAAAGUGCAUUAUCCUUGAUGCAGCUCCACUCUGCACCAUCCUGCAGAGCAGCAACAGCAUCUCCUGGCUGGCACAGACCCAGACCUCCCUGUUGCUGUGGAGCAGCUGUACAGGCAGUGGAGACCGGAGCUCAAAUCCCAUGCCCCAAAUCUGCUUUCUGAGCUCAAGGAGGGCAUUCAGGAGCAGCAGAAAGCUGCAAGAUUAGGACUUCUCUGUAAGCCAGUCCCUAGUGAGAGCCAUGAUUGCACGGGCAUAAGCUGCUGGGACUUCCAGAAGGAAGGGAGGAGAUCCUAUGUUCACCCAGCCCGUCUGCUAAUACUGUGCAGAUGAGGAUUAAAAUGUAAGUGAAAAUUAAUAUCAGACAAUGACCAAAUUCAAGUGACAUCUCUUUCACCUGAUGCUCAGGGCAGUUACAAUGAACAGUUGUGAAACAUGUAGCAUUUGGCAAGUUACCACAUUUGCUUCUUGGGUUUUGUCGUUCUUGUCUGUGUCAAAGUUUGGAGUCACACUGAGGUGUCAGUUGAUUCUCUUUGGCUUCUUCCCAUCUGCAAACAUACAUUUUGUGCAAAAGAAUCAGAUAGCUUUUUAUUUCCUUGCAAUGGGAAGGAUGUCCUUCAAACGGCAGAGAUGUUCAGAGCAGUGAUCUCACUGACCUCAGUCACAGAUGGAAGUGCCAAAAGGACAACUCUGUAGUUUGCCUGUAACUCCUGUUAUGGCAAGCAAGACAUACAAAGGUGCUAUAGGCAAUGGUUGGGGUCAUGCACCAGUAGACACAACUGGAAAUGGAAAGAAGGUCUCUAAUAAAGGAUGAUUGUGCCUCUUUGACAUGUCUAUGCUAACUGAUAACCACAUUUCCAGCUGUAAUUGCAGCAAAAAUAAUGUGUGAAAGACAAGAGAGGUGUAAGAAUCAUGUUAAAGUUCUCAGUGAGCGCCCUGUGCUCGGGUUACCUGGACAUGUGCUGUGAUGUUGCCUGUUGGUGUAGUGCUGGUGUCCCAGCACAGCUUCAGCCCUGGCCCUUGGCCUCUUCUUCUUUCCAGCUUUCUGUAGGUGAAAAUUUGGGGGUUCUUUGACCAUUUACCUGCAUUUCAGUCAUGUCUUGACUUGCUGCUGAAUGGACAACUUAGCAGCAGUGAAGGCCACAUGGCUGGGUGUGUCAGCUUGGUAUAAAUCUGAUUGCCUGUGUGGGGUGAAUUUACAUGGAAAAUAGCUGGAACAAUGAGACCAUUCUCACUUUUUUUUUUGUUUUUCUAACCUUUGACUUGAAAAAUAUUCAGUGACUAAUUAUGACGAUGAAUGUACCGAGCUAAUCUAAACAAAAUCAUCCUUUGCUGAUUGCUAGCAAAUCCAUGGCUAUGGCUUCUGCUCUAAUUGGAUUACUAAUGUGCCUUUCCAAACCAGCACAGAUUUUUGAUGUUAUGUUUAAAUAAUAGAAUAAAUGUUGUUACAUAAUAAGUUCAAUUAGGGCAUAUGAAUACUUGACUCACACAAAACAAUUAAUGAAGGGUGCAUUGCACAUUGUAUAGCCAAUAUGAAUUUUUUUUUUGUUUGUGAAUCGUCUAUGUUUGAGCUCAUAUCCUGCUGUCAUGAAAGCUCAUGGUAGGAAUCCAGAAGCAUUGUGGAAAAUGCAGGAAUGUACGACCAGUUCCAUUGAGUCCUGGUGCAUAGGAUAUGCAUAUGAGCUUAUGCACCAUAAGUGGGUCAUUAUGCAGCAUAAAUAUGUUGUGUAGCAAUGGGACAUAGGAAGGACAUCUCCAGUUUGCAUGGGCACAGUCCGACUGCAGCUACCAAUAAAGAUGCAUGCCAUUUUUCUUACUCUUUUUGUUUAUUAAAUGGGUAAUAUUUACUCUUUAAUUAGGGUAUACCCUUAAACUAGGGAAAAAAAGAGAAAGGUGUAAUUGCCUUAAAUACUGUAGAGCCAAAAAGAGGCUGACAAGAGGUCUGGGAUCAAAUCCAAACUUUCAGUUCUUGGGAACUGAAAUGGUGUAGUUUUUCUUUGAAGUAGGGCUGCAGUGUAUUGCAAACAUGCAGCCUCACUGUUUUUUGUGUUUAGUCCUUCCUUGGGAAAGGAAAGAGGUUAUAAGUAUGGACACAGUUUAUAGCAGAGUAUCCAGCAGUCUGGCAGUCAGUCAUGAGAAAGACAACCUAAAAGGCUUUUACCAAGAUACAGCAAGUGCAUCCUUAUUGAGAAAUGAAAAGUGUGGGGAAAGGAAGAGGCUCAAACAUGUUUUCUGGCAGAAACCAAAGGCUUGCUUUGCUCUUUGUACACAUGUGCAUUAUGCCCCACCAGAAGAUGCUGAAGCACCAUUACAGCCCCAGGAAGUUCUUGUUGUAUCACAGGCUCAGCUACCUUGUCUGGAACAUGGAGAGAAGUGGGUUUUGAGACACAGGGGGAAGACAGGGACUGCACUCUUAUACUCACCAUCUGCACU